AUGAAGAUCACGGUGCAGUCGUCCAAGGCCAUCAGGCCCGCCCGCGGUGGCGCCGGCGGCGGCGCUCCGUCCACGGCCGCGGACGCCGCCAUCCCGCUCACGGUGUUCGACAAGGCCAACUACGACCUGUACAUCUCGGGCAUCAACUUCUUCCGCCCGCCGGCGCCGCCGAACGCCGCGCUCGCGGCGGGGCUCGCCCGGGCGCUCGCCGAGUACCGCGAGUGGGCGGGGCGGCUCGGCGCCGACGCCGCCGACCGCCGCGCAAUCCUGCUCACCGACGCGGGCGCACGGCUCGUCGAGGCGACGGCCGACGUCGCGCUCGGCGCCGUCAUGCCGAUGGAGCCGGCGCCCGAGGUGCUGGGCCUGCACCCGGACGGCGACGGCGCCGAGGAGCUGCUGCUGGUCCAGCUCACCCGGUUCGCGUGCGGCUCCCUCGCCGUCGGCCACACCAUGCACCACCCCGUCGCCGACGGGCGCGCCGCCUGCAACUUCCUUCUCGCGUGGGGCCAGGCCACCCGCGGCGCGGCGUUCGACCCCGCCCCGGCACACGGCAGGGCGUCCCUCUUCGUGCCCCGCGACCCGCCGCGCGUCGCGUUCGAGCACCGCGGCGUCGAGUUCAAGCCGCCGCCUGCUCGCGGCGAGAGCCCCGGCGGCAGGCGCGACGUCGCCGGAUGCGGAGGCGACGAGGUGGUGGUGCGGAGGGUGCGCUUCGGCCAGGAGUUCGUCGCCGAGCUGAGGUCGCGGGCGUCGGCGGGGGCGCCGCGGCCGUACAGCACGCUGCAGUGCGUCGCGGCGCACCUGUGGCGGUGCAUCACGGCGGCGCGCGGGCUCGAGGCGCGCGAGGUCACCAGGCUGUGCGUCGCGGUGGACGGGCGCGCGCGCAUGCGCUGCCCGCGGGUGCCGGACGGGUACGCCGGCAACGUGGUGCUGUGGGCGCGGCCAGCCGCCACCGCUGGGGAGCUCGUGUCCAGGCCGCUCCGGUUCGCCGUGGAGCUCCUGUCCCGGGAGGUGGCGCGCGUCGACGACGGCUACUUCAGGUCGUUCAUCGACUUCGCGAGCUCCGGGGCGGUGGAGGAGGAGCGGCUGGUGCCCGCGGCCGACGCGGCGGAGACCGUGUACAGCCCGGACGUCGAGGUGGACAGCCUGCUGCACGCGCCCUUCUACGAUCUGGACUUCGGCGGCGGCCCGCCGUUCUUCUUCAUGCCCGGCUACCUGCCGGUGGAGGGCUCCGUCUUCGUCGUGCGCUCCUUCUCCGGCGACAGGAGCGUGGACGCCUACGUGCCCCUCUUCAGCCGCGCCAUGGAUACCUUCACUAAGUGCUGCUACUCGCUGGAAAUGGCGGACGCACGCCUUUAGGGCGCACGAAAAUCUAAUGCUUUUCUGCUAGCUCUUUGCAUCCAUAGCCCACCGUUCGAACUGAUUGUGUAAAAAAAUGUUGUGUUUUAGUCAAGAUUUUUUUUGAGAUUAA